CGCACAGACUCGCCCCCUUAAGACUGUUGUAUCGGUUCAUCUCUGGUCACACUGAGUACGCAGGCCUUACCGUCUUACCCCCUGAUAUAAUCUUCAAAAGGGCCGUGACAUUAAGACCCACUGGCGAGCGUAGCCCGUGGUCCAGUUUCCCCUCCAAGGCGUCUUCACCAUGGCGAACAGCCCAGCCGUGGCCGAUCGUGGCCGUGGCACUACUCCGGUCAGGCUGACAGCAUUUUUUUAUUGGAUGGUCAUUUUCAUCAUCCUCUCUGCGUUUCAAUACGGCUGGGGCAUCGCUGAGCUGAAUGUGUUGCAAGAUGCUCUUACUUGUAAGGAAGACAACUUAACUCAUGAAUCAACAUCCAAGGGUACGCCGGGGAAUGACUGCAUCGGUCUCACAGAGACGCAGUUCGGCUAUGUCACGGCUCUUUUCACCGUCGGAGGUUUUCUCAGCUCGCUUUCGCUCUCAACCAUCGCACAGCGCCUGCAAUUUGGGCAGAGGAUAUCAAUUUUUCUGGCUGCGCUCUUCAAUACGACAGGCGGCGCCAUCAUUUCCAUGUCGGCAGGGUUCGUGUCCGCGGGUGUUGGAAGGUUCGUCAUGGGCCUCGGUGCUGGUAUCGCAGUUGUCUGCGUUCCAAUCUAUCUGAGCGAUAUUUCUCCACCUGCAUUAAAAGGAUCUGUUGGCGUCCUCAAUCAACUUGGAAUUGUGUUGGGCAUUUUUGCAGCCCAGGUUACUGGCUCACUCUUGACCUCUCCCGGGCACUCAAUAUCGUGGCGGUGGACACCAGGCAUCAGUGCGGUAAUUUCAGCCGCACAGCUUGUCUGCGGCAUGCUGUUCGCUCUCGAAAGCCCACGCUGGGAGGAGGAGAAAAAUGGCGACGCAGGGAAACAGCGUGCUCAGCGUAUCUGUGCCAAGCUCUGGUCCUCGACUGGCGCAGCGGCGCAGUCCAGGCACUCGAGUGCUAAUGAAGAGACCGAAGCGCUUCUGCAGGACCGAUCUCACUUUCAGUCGCCGCACAUGCCUUCCACACAUGAAACGAGUUUUGCAGAUCUAUUGAAAGAUUCAGAGAUCCGACCGGGCAUGGUGUUGAUCGCAUUCACCCAGCUAGGGCAACAGCUGAGUGGCGUCAACGCUGUGCUCUACUACAGCACUGGCAUUCUCGGGAGCUUGCUCAAGGAUGAUAACGGGGCACGAGCCAGUGCAAGGUGGAUGGGAGUGGGAAUCACCGUUGUUAAUGCGGUUAUGACUUUCCCUCCCAUUUUCUUGAUCCCUGAGCACCGCUUCGGUCGCAAGAAUCUCUUACUCCUCUCGUCCGGAACGAUGGUGCUAUCAAGUCUGGUGCUCGGCCUAAGUUUGCAACUUGGAUGGUCAGACAUUCUAAGCGCAGCGUGCCUCUUGCUUUUCGUGAUGGGUUUCUCCGUUGGUCUUGGACCGGUGCCAUUCCUCAUCUUGCCUGAGCUAGUACCUGCUAGGGCCAUGUCGCACGCGUCGUCUGUCGGCCUGGCGCUCAACUGGGUUGCAAACAUCGUCCUCGCAUCAUCAUUCUUGCCACUGCGAUACUUCUUUGCGAGCAUCGACGGUGGACGCGGGGGGAGCAUUUUCUGGGUCUUCACCGUCGUCAACACGCUCACUUUCUUCGUCGUCCUCAAAAAAUAUCGGUAUUCGGGCGAUGAAAUGCGUCGACUAACGUCCGCCGGCGAUGGCACAGCCCCAGCCGAACUGAAUUGAGCGAGGAAAGGCGUCACAAAGUGUCCUAUCUUUGUAGAUUGAGCGAGCCCUUGUACUUGUAAACGACGUAACAUGCAUCUGUACUUGUAAGCACGCUCUGCGAUAGAGAU